CUCUCACCAACUUCACCUUAAACAAACAGACCCUAAGGGAAAAUGUUUUUCCAAUCAUGCCUAGUUCACUCUAUUGGUUGACCCAUGUAUAAUCAUGAUUUGAUAAGUUUACUAGUGUUAAGAUUUACUUUAACUUUCACAAGCUCAACCGUAUCCAGAUAGUUUACUAGUGUUAAGAUUUUACUUCGAAAGGGCUGAUUCCAGCUAAGUCAUUACCAUCUCGGUUAAGUCUAAACCGGGAGCCCCUUUUUUCAAUUUCCACUCCUUCAAUCACUAUGUUGAAGUUCAACACAUGGCCCAAAAAAACCCUAAUUUAUCUCAAAUGCUUAACUUUCCCACAAGCAUCACCAUUUUCUCGGCAUUCUUGUACCACCACUUCCGAUUCAACCUCAUUCGAAGUCUCCUACCUCAUCCACAAUUUCAAUUUCUCCCAAAAAUCCGCUUCCAAACUCUGCUCCACGUACCGUCUCGGUUUCAAAACCACCCAAAAACCUGACUCUGUUCUCAACUUCUUUGCAAACUUCGGUUUCUCUAAUUCCCAGUUAUGCAACAUGAUUGCCAAGGCACCGUGGUUACUCUCCUGCAACCUCUCCAAAAGGGUGUUGCCAAAGUUCGAAUUUUUCCUCUCCAAAGGUGCUUCUGACUCCGACAUUGUUAGCCUUAUCAGUAAAAACCCUAGACUCUUGUGUCGAAGCUUGGAGAAUCAUACAUCCCCAACCUAUGAAUUGGUUUAUAGAUUCUUGCAAUCUCACAAGGACGCUAUUGCCUGUGCAGUUCACAAUCCGUCUUUCUUUGAAGACAGCCGUGUGCCACAAAACAUCAAAUUGCUCAUUGAUAAUGGAGUGGCUGACUCGAAUAUUGCGAGAUUGCUUCGAAUCAGGAACCGGACAUUGCAGGUGCGUGACAUGGUGAGUUUAUUGAAGGAGUUACAGGAUUUGGGGUUUAAUCCUUCGAAAACUACUUUUGGUGUAGCAAUGAUCGCGAAAACAUCAGUAACCAAAACCAGGUGGAAGGAGAAAGUUGAUACCUUUAAGAAGUGGGGUUGGUCUGAUGAAGAUGUUAUUGAAGCAUUUAAAAAGCAACCUUAUUGUAUGUUAACAUCCAUUCAUAAGAUUAACUUAGUGAUGGAUUUUUGGGUUAACCAGUUGAGCUGGGACGCUCUGGCCCUUGCCAAACAUCCGUCGAUUCUCUCCUUAAGUUUGGAAAAAAGGAUCACUCCUAGGGCCUCUGUUGUGCAAUUUCUUCUGAAUAAUGGUUUGAGAAGAAAGAACGCAAGCUUAACUUCUCCAUUUCUUGUGCCCGAGGAGAUGUUUCUUGAUAGGUUUAUAAAAGAUUUUAAGGAGUCGUCUUAUCUAUUGAAGUUGUACGAGGAGAAACUCAAGCUUGCAUGCACUAGGGACAAAACUUGCAUGUCAUGAAUAGAUUUUCAAGUAUUUGAGCCUUACCGCAUUGUUGUUCCAUAUUUGAUUUGAAAUUUGUUUGGUAUAGACAGACGGUGAUUGGAGCUAGUUUAGGGAGAGUGAUUUGCUACCUUUAGGGAGGGAAAUUCACUAUGAUUUUCUCUCUAUCUCUAUCCUAUAUUAGCUUUACUUACUUGUAACAAAUUUUGCUUUUCUUGAGAUUGAUAUUUUUUCAAAAUCCUUUGUUUAUCAACAUCAUAUAUACUACAUGUUGAAGUUUAAUUUCCUUGCAUUCAUGGGUAUAAAAUACUUAUUUUUGGAGUGUCAUUUCUACUUCCAUGUUUGUUUAACCCAAUAAUCUAUUGCAUAAAUUUAGCUAAGCCAGGAUAUUUUGUUGAAUUUAAAAUGGUAUUUGUAAUCAUGGACAAACACAGCCAUAGUUAUAUGGUAGCUGUGCAAUGUGUUGACCUCUGAUGCAUCAAUAUUGAAGCUACACAGCUGGUUUUGGAUUUGUAGACCACAACUAUUUAAAAUAGUUACCAGUUACCAUUAUUCUUUAGAUUGGUGUUAUUUUUAAAUACUCUUCUUUUGGUUUUCUAAACAUCAGUGUUCCAUUCCAAAGGAAUGGCGUACGGGGGGAAUUGUUUUCUGCCAAACAAAGGAUUGAGGAAAUGUGAUCCUUUAUCACCCUAUCUUUUUGUUAUCUUUUGUGUCUCACAUAAUGUUUACGGAUGACCGGAUACUUUUUAGUCAGGCUACUGAGGAACAAAUGGGUUAUGUUGCUAAUAUUCUUAACACAUUUUGUAGUAUUUCAAGCAUGUUAGUAAUGAAAAAACCAGCAUUUUCUUUUGUUAGAAAUUAGUUAACUCAAGUCUCGGGUUUCCGGAAGACACAGUUUAAUGGUAAGUAUUUUGAAGUACCUCUUACUGGUAAAGCUCAUAAAAGAGGAGAUUUUCAGUAUUUAUUGGAGCAGGUGAAGAAUAAACUAUUUUUUUGCAAGGAGUGUGACUUUAGCCAAAUAUGUUCCCACAUUUUUGAUGAUGAUAGAACUUGACAUAUUCAUUCAGUGAAGUGGAAUGUGGUUAUGAAGCCUAAAUUCUUAGGAGGCAUUGGCAUCAGGAACUUGGACAUUAUGAAUAAAACACGUGUUUGUUAAAAUUGGGAUGGGCGCUUAGGAGUGGAAAAGACACUGGUAUAGAGUGAUCAAAGGUAAAUACAAUAGAGAGAGGAUGAGGAGAAGGAUGAAGUUGCUGCUAAACCUCCGGUCUCCAAAUUUUAGAAGACUCCCUGUAUAAUUCUGGCCUUAUUUGAAUCAAUAUUUGGAAUAGUUGCUGGAUUGAAACUAGUUUGCAUUUGGUGGGUUUAGAUAUUCAAAGACAUGGAUUUUCUAUAAAUUAUAAUGUGAUGGAGCUGCUGGCUGGAGUAGGGAGAUCUCCAUUUUUUUUCCCAGAAUUAGAGAAUACAGUACAAUAAAUAUAUUUGGAUAUUGAAAUCCGAAUUCACCUUUUGCUAUCACGUAGUAGACAGAGCAAUCCGGAUUCGCCUUUUGCCAUUACGUAGAGAGAGCACAUAACAAACAAGUAGUUUAGUCUAGGGAUAUGUCGGGAUAAUGAAAUCUUGAUUCAUCUAUAUUAUCAUAAACACAACACAAAC